CCAUUCCACACACACACACACAUUUUUGGGACCACAUACGGUCGAUACAGACGACGAUUAGCUUGUUUCUCUCAUAUGUGAACAAAUUAUGUAGUGAGUGUGUGUGUUUGAUUGUUGCAUAAAAAAACGCGAAAUGCAUUGAUGCAUAUAUUGUGUCGUGUUGUGGUUUGGUUUGGCAAUAGGUUCCAAUGUUUUAUUAAAUCGUUUUUUGUAUGUUUGGAUCUUUUCUCAUCAUUUCUGAAUUUCAAACAUUUUUCAUACCUCAUCUCAUUUCUCUUUCGAAAUUCGAAUCAUUUAGUUAUAAUAGUAUAGGGCUCAUCCACAACAUUCGUCGUCAUCAAAAAUAUUGAUCGUUUUGUUUUGUUUUGAUUUGAAGAUUUCUUGCACGCCAAGAAUUGUACAAACUUUUCUUCUUUUUUCACAUAAAACACACACACACACACACAGAACUAUUCAAUCAAUCUAUUCAUAUCUAAACAAACAAACAAAAAAACAAAUCAUGGCACGUGGACAACAAAAACUUCAAUCACAACAACGAAAUCAGAAAAAAGCAGCCGAAUUAAAACGACAACAAGGACAUGAUCAAAAAGCUGCUGCACAAGCUGCUUUGAUUCAUAAAUGUUCUGUUUGUAUGUCUCAAAUGCCCGAUUUAAAGACAUAUAAACAACAUUUUGAAAAUAAACAUCCAAAAGCAACACUUCCGGAUAAUUUAAAAGAUUUUCAAGCCUGAAAGCUGAAAUGAUGGCAUCGAAAACUGAAUUAAGAAAUCUAAUUCUUUACAGAAUAUCUUAUCGUCACACACACACAAACAACAAACAUAAACAAUCUUAAACACCCCAUAUAUAUAUAUUAUAUACAAACUAACUGCCC